GUUUCUCGGCACACGCUUUCGAAACGAACGCGUGUAACAAUGAGAGAAUUCAAAUAUGAUGUUAUACAAUUAAUUCAGAGUGUUAGAGAAAGGCCUUGUCUUUGGGAUAAAACACAAGAUACUUAUAAAGAUCGUUUUGAACGACGGACGGCGUGGCAAGAAGUGUUCGCGACUCUUGAUGAAGGUUACAAUGAUAUGACGCUUGAGGACAAACGAUUGAUGGGUGAACAAGUUUUGUACAAAUGGACGAACAUUCGAGAUACGUUCAUGAAAUCGCUCAAAGCAAAACUAGGCAGACCGCGGCGAAAAUACGUAUUCCACAAAUAUUUAAAGUUUUUAAUUGACAAAUCCGACGAUAACAUAGAAAGCGGCGAAGAAACAUAUUGUAAAGUCGAAAAAGAGACGCCCAAAGAAAAGAAACGUUCCAAAAAGACGAGAGAAAUAAAAAAACCCAAGGUAUUCGAUUGUACCGAGAGCCAGGACAGUGGCACAGAUCUAUUGAACAUCAAUGAAAUUGACGAAGUCAGUGAUCCCAGGUUGAUGAAUGAAGAUGAAGCCUUCUUCGCAUCUUUACUGCCCACCAUUGUCAAAUACAAUGAAGAUGAGAAAUUAGAGUUUAGGAUUGAGGUUUUAAACGUUAUGCGAAAUAUAAAAGAGAAAAAGAAUUGGGGUAAGAUUGAAAUGGAAUGAGAAACCUUAUAAUUAAUAAUACAGCAUGUAUUCAUGAUAAUAAUAAGAAUGAGAAAUUACGAGUUUAGGAUUGGGGUUUUAAACGUAAUGCGAUCUAUAAAGGAGUUUUGGGGUAAGCUUGAAAUGUAAUAAGAAAUCCUAUAAGCACAUAUUACCUAAUGAUAAUAAUUAGAUCAGGGGUGUGAUGAAAUAAAAUGGGGAUACUUAAUAAUUUAAUCUAUCUUGUAAAUUUAAUGAAAAAUAAAAUGUGACAUUUUCAAUUACUAAGGUAACGAAACCGUCUGUAACUUAACAUUUAUUGCGUCAAAAUUAAAAUGGAAUUGGACACUAAGAACCCCCAGACAACCAUAAUAACACUAGAUAUGAAAAUGAUGCUGCUGGAAAGAAUUUAACCUUUUCGGAUAUUAAGUAGUAGCGUCCUUAGGAGCAAAAAUGGCAAGAGGCGUUUCUAGACACACAGAUUAACAUGAUUCAAGAUAUGCUGGAAAUAACAAUUUAUUAAUAUUAUUCCAUGUGAUUAAAUAUUUCAGGUUUAAAUAAACACAAUAUAUAUAACCCU